UGCUUUCUCUGCAUUGCAUCUCUCUUAUAUCUUCACUAUUUUUCAAAGCAUUUGAUGAUGCAACUUCAAACCCCCUGUAAUCACAAUCUAUUAUCUUCACCACCAAGCACGUCGAUCAACUGACACAUGGUUGUUCUAACUAAUGCAGUGCAACUUCAAUAAUGGCUUCUUCUUCUUCCACAAUUUUUCUGCUCCUCAUUCUCUGUUUCUUCACAUCUCCUGUGCUCUGUGAAACACUAGAUAACCAGACAACAACCAAGUUAUGCACCAACAGAACCGCAUCGCCGACGACUCUGCAAACCUUCAUAGCAAACUUCCGGGCAGCAAUGGACGCGUUAACCCCUCUGAUCACAAGUCAAAGAUACGGUGCAGUUGUGAACGGUUCAACUCAGAAUCAAAACGCCACUGUUUACGCUUUCGGUGAGUGCAUGAAGGAUCUUUCUCAAUCUGAUUGCAACGCGUGCUUCUCUCAGUGCAAGAUCCAGGUCGUCGGUUGCUUACCGUUUCAGAAAGGUAUUCGCGGCGGAAGGCUCUUCUGCGACGGCUGCUACCUCCGGUACGAUGACUACAGCUUCUUCGGAGAGAGUCUUGGUGAGCAAGACACGGCGGUGUGUGGGGCUAGUGAUUUUGGCGGGAAUGAUAGCGCGGUUUUCGAAGCCAAUGCUAUGGAUUUGGUGAGGAAUUUGAGUGUUUUGGCGCCGGAGAAUGAUGGAUUCUUUGUGGGGGUUGUGGAUAGGAGGAAUGUUUCUGUUUAUGGUUUGGCUCAGUGUUGGGAAUUUGUCAAUGGCACUGCCUGCAAGCAAUGCUUGGCAGAUGCGGUUACUAGGAUUGAUUCGUGUGCGGGUAAAGAAGAAGGGAGGGCGUUGAAUUCUGGUUGUUUCAUGAGGUAUUCCACUAAGAAGUUCUAUAACAAUUCAACCAGUGGUGAUGCAUCAGCAGGAAAUCAUGGACACCGGAAAGUUGCUAUAAUUCUGACUUCAUCUUUUGCUGUGGUGGCUCUUCUGCUGGUUAUUGUAUCAGUUGUUUUCUUCACAAGGAGGAAUCUAAUGUUGAGGAGAAGAGAAAGAACCCAAAUAAGAAAACUUGGUGCACAUUUGGACGCUAUAAACAAGGCCAAGCUAAAUGUGCCAUAUGAAAUUCUUGAGAAAGCAACAGAUUACUUUAACGAUGCCAAUAAGCUAGGGGAAGGAGGAUCAGGUUCCGUUUAUAAAGGAGUUAUGCCCGAUGGAAGUACUGUGGCCAUAAAAAGACUUAGCUUCAACACAACACAAUGGGCUGAUCAUUUCUUCACUGAGGUUAAUUUGAUACGCGGCAUUGACCACAAAAAUCUUGUAAAGCUCUUGGGAUGCAGCAUUACAGGACCUGAAAGCCUUCUGGUUUAUGAAUAUGUGCCUAACCAGAGCCUCCUUGAUCACUUUUCUGGUAUAAGGAUUUCUCAACCGCUGACUUGGGAAGUCAGGCACAAGAUCAUAUUAGGAAUUGCAGAGGGUUUGGCCUACCUUCAUGAGGAGUCGUAUGUGAGAAUCAUUCAUAGAGACAUUAAAUUAAGCAACAUUCUACUUGAGGAUGACUUCACACCCAAGAUUGCUGAUUUUGGACUUGCUAGAUUAUUUCCUGAAGACAAGUCUCACAUUAUCACAGUCAUUGCUGGGACACUGGGUUACAUGGCUCCAGAGUAUGUAGUCUCAGGAAAGUUGACUGAGAAAGCAGAUGUGUACAGUUUUGGAGUUCUACUAGUUGAAGUUGUUUCUGGAAAAAGAAUCAGUUUCUAUGAUCUAAACUCAUCCUCUAUCCUACAAACGGUUUGGAGACUUUAUGGAUCAAAUAGGCUAUCUGACAUUGUUGAUCCAGUCCUAGAGGGAAAUUUUCUAGCGGACGACGCAUGCCGACUGCUUCAGAUAGGGUUGCUUUGUGCGCAAGCAUCAGCUGCAUUGAGGCCAUCAAUGUCAGAAGUUGUUAAAAUGAUUAGUGAAAAUCAUGAAAUUCCUCAACCAAGGCAACCACCAUUUAUUAAUUCUACUAAUUCAGAACUCAGCACGCCUAGUUUACCUGGAAAUAUUUUUCACCCUGCAUCAUCCAACACCCAGUCUUCAGGAGAUACCACAACAGAAAAUCUGCUAUAGCCAGAUGAGUUGCACUGCACAGUCUUUCUCCUGGAACAUUAUUGUGCAUACAAUCUCAAAGUAUCUUUAUAAAAGCUGUUAGCAAGCUUUUAUCAUCAUGCAAUGUAUUUCUAACUUGUGUGAUAUUAUUUAAACAUGAAAGUACACUUGACAGACAUAGAAUUA